AUGCAUGUCAUCGCUACUGCCAGAGCCCAUUUCCCUGAGUCAGUUCCAUCUUUCAUCUCUCACGUAGGAGAUAUAAUUCGCAAGUCGAAACUCUGGUCAGAUUUGGAUCUUGCUGUCCUGCGCAGAAGCUGCGGCUGUUUUUCCGGAUCGGACGAUUCAACGAUCAUUAAGCUUUCCUUUGGAUUGCGAAGAAAGGCUGGACGGCCGUCAAACAGAAUCUGCCGAGUACCAAUAUCAGCGCAACACGACGUGGAUGCUGCUGCUCCUGCGAAUAUUCACACAGCAUACUUGUCUACGAUAAACGUGUUCCUUGAAGUCUAUGACUCGAACCAAGCCAGACAGGAAUACUUCCCAUUAGCGCCGAAGCUGCCAAUCCCAAUACCUUCCGAAACGUUUAUAGUCAAGCCCAAGCAAUGGGGUGCAAUAAAAAGUCUCCCAAGGCUUCCUGUGACGGAGACAGACUGCGUAGACGAGUUCAUGGACAGCAGCACAAAAUUGUUCUUGGAGGAGCUUGAGGAUAUGAAAGACGACUACCGAAUGGAGGAAGACCGCGAUAGUCAGACUUACCACGAGCUUGAUCAACUGCUCAGGAAAGGCCUUCGAUCGCUCAUAGUCGAAAGACAUCGGGAGGGUGAUACACGCACUCCGAGCUCAGACAGGGAUCUCCAACCACUGGCACGCAUUGUUCCUUCGGUGUUCAGCUUAGGCUACCGUGAGGCCAUGAACCAGCGAUCGCACUUGAUUCCGUCGAUCGCGAAGUCCCUCGCUUCAGUUCUGAAGACAACGAAAAAUCCGACUUUGCAAAGCAGAAUCAACGAGCUUCAAGCUUUGCAUAAUCCUCGAACAGAAGUGUCUCAGGCAACAGGGUCAACCGACUUUAGGGCAGCAAUACAGACUGCCCUCUGGAAGAUUGCCCAGAAGCAACUAUAUGAUUCCCGGGCUUCGCGGAAAUUGAGUGCAUCAGAUGCCGUGACUACAUCCGCCGAUCAUUACAGAGGAGCCGAAGAGGAUCUUCUGUCGGAGGUGGGCAUGGAUGACUUUCACGAUGACCUGAACAGUGAAAGCCGCGAGAUAUACGAUUCCGAUUGGUAUUUGGGAAGCAAUUCCGAAGAUCCCGAGUUCAUAGACGAAGACGAAACGAACUCCGUCUUAUCUUUUGAUGGAAGUUAUUCACUUGACAUGCUGGCACAUGACGAUACCGAACUUGAUCGAAUUUGGGAAGACCAGACGAUACUUGACCAUACCCAGAACAGAACCACAAUAUCUAUGCUCAAUCUGACGGAGCAACUCUCGUGCCACCUUUCCAUAAGUGAUGGUGAGAUGCUAGCAUCUGACUGCUUUGAAGAUGAGCCUACGAGCCCACAACUUCUUCCCUAUAGCCCCAGCUUUCCGGGGACUCGUGAGGCUUCCGAUGAUGACUUUGACUUGAUGCUGUGCGACCACAAUUGUGUCGUAUAA